AUUGUAACAUAAAUCAGAUAAAACACUUAAAAUGAAAAGGGAAUUAAAGGAAGAUAAAUAAAUAUUCUCAAAUUUAAAUUAGAUAUCGAUGUUUUGUGCGAUUCUAAGCCGAUUUGAGCGAUAAGCAUUGCAACAUAUUUCAUUGUUUGGGCAUUUUGCAUAACCGAAUUGAGUAUUCAGGAAAAAAGAGGUGAGAGAAUGAUCUGAAAUAUUGGUCCAGAUCCUUUUAAAAUGAUACACAAAUCUCUGGAAAAUUUUCCAAUCCUUUCAUGUCAUAAAACAAUUAUAGUUGAGCCCCGUUAAAUGUAAAGAUGUGAAAAAUACUAUAUGUAUGCUAUAUUUUAGAAGGUUGGUUUACAAAAUGUCAGUUCAUAACUGAAGUACUUAAAAACACGUAAAACCGGCAUAAUGAUUUCCAGGAGAGUCAAUAAGAUACACACAUAUGUUGUCUUAUCUAUUUUAUACAGGACUGUAAAAUGGCUGAAGGAGGUGGAACACAAUUAAUGAAAGAUGGUUCUGAUGCUGACUUGGAUCUCACAUGCACACCUUGUGGAGAAGACAAUAUAAGAGAAGAGGCUAUCAAAUAUUGUCCUGAAUGCCAGGAGUACCUUUGUAUCAACUGUACUCAACAUCAUGGUCGACUAAAGGCUACAAAGGGACAUGUGGUUGUGGAUAUGAAUGCUGCCAAACAAUGCUUAGUUGUUGCCAAGGCCAAAUGUCACUACCAUCCAGAUCGUGACAUUAAGAUGUACUGCAAAACACAUGACAUGGUUUAUUGUGUUAUGUGCAUUGAUACAGAACAUGGAUUGUGUGAGGGCGUAAACAAAAUAGAAGCCGUGCCUAAAUCGUAUGUAAAUCAGACAGAGAUUCAACAAUUGUUAGACGAAACAAAGAAGGCAAAUGACGUCUUGAGUGCCACGGUAAUUAAACAAAAUGAUAAUAUUACAUGUAUUGAUAAGCAGAGGGAGAUAAUCCAAGAAAAACUGGAUGGUACUGAAAUGAAGUUGAUAGAGCAAAUCCGUCAAAUAAAGAUAAGGACAGAAGAUUCUUUAAAUGAGAAGCAUGCUUCUUUGAAGAAAAAAAUCAAUUUGAGCAUCAGCCGGUCUUCUUGCAAAAUAAAGGAGUUGAAAGUAAAUGAAGAGCAUCUGCGAACAAUUUGCAACCUUGAUGUAGAACAACAAUUUGUUCAAAUGAAAUUAAUGAGGAAAACUGCUACAGACGCUUUAAAGUUAGAAACAAGCAUUGGGUCUGAUGGUACAAAGCCCAUUUCUUUCACAGGUGACGAACAGUUGGAAAGUUUGGUCUUGGCAGCAAAUGCUUUAGAUCAAGUGAUGUCAGACGAUAGUGCCAAGAAAGUUUGUGAACCAAAACACAACAGAAUAAAGUCGAAGAGAAAAGUAUAUGUGAAAAUGGAAAACGAUGCAUCAAAAUGUAGCAUAGCAGAUAUCUGCCAACUCACUGAUGGGCAGAUUCUUGUUGCUGACUUUGGCAAUAAGAAAGUCAAACAACUGGAUGUAAACUACAAAAUAACAAACACAUGUGACCUUGAUGAUUCCCCUACAGGUAUAUGCUGUAUCAGUAAAGACGAAAUAGCUGUGAAAAUGGCUAACAAUCAAAUCCAGUUCAUCUCAACUGGAUCAUCAAAUCUUAAUAAGACAAGAGUUAUUUCAAUAGAAGGUGGAGGUUACGGAUUGAUGUAUUUUGACAAGAAAAUGUGGGUUUCUAGAACACAUGGCAUUAAUAUAUACAAUAUAAAAGGAAAACGUACAAAAAGGAUAGGUGAAAAUAAUUCACCCCAGACGAAAUUUAAAUCAAUCUUUAUUCAACAUAUGGCCGGUUCGGGUGACACGGUUAUUGUGACAGAUUUUUGUGAUGGUGCUGUGUGUUUGAAUAAGGAUGGUACAGUUUUGAAAGAACUUCGGGAUCAAAAGCUGCGUAUAACUCGAGGUGUUUGUGUAGCUGAUGAUGGCACCGUCUUUUUGUGUGGUUAUGCUUCCGAUAAUAUUGUGAUGUUCAGUAAAGAGGGAAAAUGUCUUGGAGAGUUGAUUGCAUCAGAUCCUGGUUUGAAAUGCCCUGUUAAUAUGUUGUUUGACAACGUUAACAACAACAUUGUUGUAAUAUGUGAUAACAAUAACAAUAUCUUUGUCAUAGAACUGGAAUAAUAGUAUGUUUCAGUAUAAUCAACCUCGUAUACUCAUUCUAUAUUAAGAUAUUCAUUUACUUGUGAAAACCAUUGAUUACAAAAUAUUAUACUUUAUAUCAUACCAUUAAUUAUAAAUAUAUAAUGGCAAAAUACAUGUAUAACUUGCAAACUAACAUACAUGUAUAACUUGCAAACUAAUAGAUCAAUUUUACAUUUACAAUGUAUUCAAUUCAAAAUUUCAUGUUUGUACCCUUAUACAGCUGAAUUAACGUGAUGCAUUUUGUUACAGUCCAUUCAAAGUUAAAGAGAUUUCAUGAUCAAAAUUUAAAAAUAAGAGAGCUACCAGCAGUAGAGUAAUUAAAAGCCUGCGACACUAGUCAAAUUACAUUGAUGUUGACCUGUAAAUGCUAUUCAGUUAUGGUUUUUAAAGACUUGGGGUUAAAAUUAUAAGUAAAGAGAAAAGUUAUGUAGAAUUUUUAACAUAAUACUUUUUGCUUGGUUUAAGAAACAAAGGUAGAUGAAUAUUCACAAAAAAAAAACAUUGAAAGUGUGUAUGCACAUGUAUAUUUUUGAUUACAUCCAAGAUAAGUCAUGUAAAUCAUAAAUGUAUACAUACCAUAGUUAUAUAUUAUAAAACCGGAAUAAAUUUUCUUUUUAUAUAGUGAUCACCUGUAAUGCUAUUUUAUUAUAAAAAUGUUAUAAAAACUUCAAAUUUCCUACCACACCCCAUUCCCACGCCUUUCCUAAUCCCCGCCCUACAGCGAGCAAAAGCAAUGAUGGCCUAUAUAUCUCUCCGUAGCUACUACCAGUAUGAUCUCUGAUGAUAAUGUUCAUGGAAAUGCACGAUUAACUCCAUCAAAAAUAAGAGCUGUCACAGAAGACAGCGAAGCUCAACUAGUUAAAUACUGGCUGCAGUAAGGAAGAAAAAACUAUGAAAGAAAAAUCAUUUC